AUGGCUCCGGAUACGUCUGCCGAGAAGAGUGCCAUUACAGGGCAGACCCAUAGUGCCACGUCGGAGGGCCAGGGCUCACCUGAUGCGAAGGAUCGCGGUCAUCAGUCCAAUGUCUCACGAGGGCGACGAGUAUACCUCGCCAUUGUUCUGGUUCUUGUUGUUGUCCUGGCACUGGCAUUGGGCUUGGGCCUUGGUUUGGGAUUGAAACACUCCAGCAGGUCGAACUCAGACGACUCCCCAGGCUCGCCCUUGCCGUCAAGCCCUCAGACACCGAGUGAAGACUCACAAGCAUCACUGUCGGUACCAACAUGGAGAUCGAACGUGGAAGACUAUACCCUCGACACUGCGAGCUGGGACUUCCACGCGCCACCAACCACGCGAGAAUAUAAGUUCACGCUCAGCGAGGUUCAAUUAUCCCCUGAUGGUGUGUUCCGUACGAUGAUUGCCAUCAAUGGGCGCUUUCCGGGGCCAUUGAUUCGCGCCAACAUGGGUGACCGCCUCAUCAUAAACGUGCAGAACAAUCUGCCCAACGGCACCGCUAUCCACUGGCAUGGUCUAUUUCAGAACGGUACGAAUUGGAUGGAUGGCACUUCAGGAAUCACUCAAUGCCCGAUCCCGCCUAAUGGAGGCAGAUUCACCUACAAUUUCACUCUAGAGAACCAAUUCGGGACAUACUGGUACCAUACCCAUUAUUCCACCACGAAUGGGGAUGGUCCUGUUGGCCCACUGGUCAUCCAUUCACCCGAUGAAGUCAAGAUGCAAAAGUACUACGAUGUGGACCAAGUUGUGCUCCUACAGGACUGGUAUCAUGACUAUAGCCAGGCGCUUUUGCCCGAUUACCUUGCGAGCGGUAGUGAAAACGGCGAACCGGUGCCAGAUAAUGGCUUGAUUCAGGGCACGAACUAUUUCAAUUGUUCAUCUCUCGAUUCUGACAGCGGCUACGUGUGCGAGCAAAAUUCAACACGUGCAGUCUUGACGGUAGAGCACGGCAAGCGCUAUCGUUAUCGACUCAUCAACGCCGGCGCCUUUGCGACCUUCCAGUUCUCUAUUGAUAACCACCCGUUAUCGGUUAUCGAAGCCGAUGGCACUGCGACCGAGCCGCUGUCUGUCCAUCGUGUCGACAUUGCAGUCGCGCAGAGAUACUCGGUCGUCCUCAACGCCAACCAAUCCUCCGCAUCGAACUACUGGAUUCGAGCCCAGCUGAAUACUUUCUGCUUCGGAGACGAUAACCCGGUCCUCGACGCCGACGCUCGCGCUCUUAUAACCUAUACGAACAGCACGGCGGCGCCCACGGACUCUGUCGACUGGAAAGACGCACUAGACGUCGAGUGUAUUGGCCUCAACUCGUCGCUGUUGACCCCAAUGUUCGAAACCGAGGCGCCGCCCGCCACGAUCAUGUAUGCCCUCGCCGCGAAUUUCCAGAUCGGCGACUACGCCAUUGAUCGCGCCUACAUCAACGGGACCUCGUGGGUCAUGUCCGCCGUGCCGACGCUCAACCAGGCAGUUGCUGGCCUUGAGGCGGCGAACUCCACCUUCACAACGUUGGGGGUCAGCUCGGCCUUCAGUGCUAAUCAAUAUGUCAUUGACGUUCCUGACGUGGCGAUCGUGGAUCUUCUGAUCACCAACUACGACGAGGGCGCUCAUCCUUUCCAUCUGCAUGGCCACAGCUUCUGGAUUGUUGCCACGAGUCCUGACCAAUACUUUGACUGGUCCACAUACCCGGCGCUCAACACGACGCUCUCUAACGUGUUGAAGCGCGAUACCAUCAUGAUUGAUGCGUUUGGUUGGGCACUUGUUCGGUUUGUUGCCGACAAUCCCGGCUUGUGGGCGCUGCAUUGCCACAUAAGUUGGCAUAUGGAGUCCGGUUUGCUCAUGCAGUUCCAGACGAGGAAUGAUAUCAUGAGGACAUAA